GUUUUGCGGGAGCAGGAAGUGAGUUUGUAUUGAAAGCUAGAGUACAGCCGAGUUCUCCGCACAUGUCGUUCCUGUGUUGUCUGCCGUUUUCCUCACCUGGUGCACUUAAGAAAGGCAUAAUCUUUCUUCUUCCCGCCACUAGAGGGCUGCCUGUCCCCUGUCACGUGACUUGGGUUUUGCUUCACGCUUAGCUCGAGCUAACUGUUAGCCUCUUCAGACCGGCAGAGACUCUCCUCCUGCGGGACGUUUUCUCUCCGGUACCGGCCCUCCUGCAGACUCUGGUUCUACUUCUCUCCGGUACCGUUUUCCAGACUCCUUCUCCUCCCCGACCAGAACCCUGAACCAUGUCUGCCAUACAGCGAAUGAAAGUGGCGAACGAGCGGCACAGCAAGAGCAUCACCCAGCGGGGACACGUCCAGAAAACAUCGCGGCCUGUGAACGAGGAAAAGUCUCCGGUCGGUCCCUGGCUCCUUGCUCUCUUUGUCUUCGUGGUCUGUGGAUCAGCCAUCUUCCAGAUCAUCCAGAGCAUCCGGCAGGGCAUGUGAUGACCUCUGACCCCGAGGAGCAUGACCCCCCGCACCACACACACACCCCACACACACACACACACACACACACACACACACACACACAGACAGACAGACAGACAGACAGACAGACAGACAGAGACACACUCACACACACACUCCCACACACACACACACACACAGACAGACACACACAGAGACACACUCACACACAUGCACAGACACAGUUCCUGUGGAGCUGGUUUUUCUUCUGUUUUUUUACGCACCGAUGAGGCUGAUCAGAUAUUGGUUAUUGAUUACUGUUGGUUGUUCCCGUCAGAAUAAAACUACUUCCUGUCGGUGUGACGCCGGUUUCUCAGUGACCUGAGAUCAGAGGUUAGAUCUAAAGUAACACGCUGCUGAUUUAAUCUCUUUUAUCUCUAUCUCUGUUAACUUUCCAGUAAAAGUCCUCCAGAUUAUCAGACUUUUAUUGUGAAAUAUCAACAGGAAGUGUUGGUUUUCAGUGCUUUGGAGGAAACAAGUUUGACUUUUACGAUUGGAAGUUAAAUGAUGUGCUUUAUAUGAAGCAGGAGUAAGAUGUCUGCAGGUAAACAGAGAGGGGGGGUCACACAGAGGAAGGGGGGUCAGCUUAAUGGGGAGCAGAGACCCAGAGAGAAUACAGAGCUAAACAAAAUAAAAUGGCACUGUUUUAAAAACGUUUUUUUAGACUACUUUAACAAAUGAAAAUGAAAGACAAUAUUUACUCAGGAUAUAAAGAAGAACCUCCCCUUCAGAUCGGUAUUAUUGAUGCCCAUUAACAAUUAAAUGUGCCUGAAACACCUCCAUUGGAUCCUUUGUUUACUUCAGGAAAACAGGGACAUUGCUAUGGAACACUCACGCUCCUAUUGGCUACUGCUCCAACACAUUGUACAUGAGCAGCUGACAAAUCCCAGCAGCCUCUGUAAAUCAGCAGUUUGAUCCUUUAAAUCCUUCUUAAAGUGGGUAGAGUGCACCUGUCAGAAGCGCUGUGUCGCCGGGCAGACGGUGAACUGUUUUUAAUGUGAAGAGCUCCGCUCCACUUUUCUACAAAAUAAACGGCAGAUAUUUUCUCUA